AUUUUUUUUCGUGACACUAUUGGUAGAAUACAUUCUUCUAAUUUAGUAGAUGGAAGAAUCACAGUGGGAUUCUAUAAUGAAAUCAGUGAAAAUAUUCUUUCUGAUAGAAUUCAUCAACUCACCCUGUAUAUUAAUCAAUAGACAUUAGGCUUCUUACUGCAAAAGACUAGAAAACUUAGAAUAAAGAAUGACUACUAUUAAAAAAAGGCUACAAGCUGAACUAAUGACCAUAUUUGAAAAUCUUAUUGAGUCUGAUAGAAAAUUUAUAGACAAAUAAAAGAGCCAGUAUGCGCGUAUUAAGGAUGCACACGAAUUUUAGCGUAAUAGACGUAGACAGUUUAUUUUGAGGUAAAUAACUCGGUGCGUAAAGUGAACGCGGAAAGCGGGUGGGCAACGAGGGAACAGCGGACUUGUAGCCGCCGGUUUUAUUGGGCCAAACGUACGGUUGACAGCAAGAGUGACUGCGCUCGUAAAAGCUCCGUAUAAAUAAAAUCGCCGGGAAUAUAAUUGUUGCUGAGAGUCGGUCACCCCCUUCGUUCCGCGCCGAGGUAUAAAACGCGAAUCGGCCAAUUGCCACGUUCUCCAACUUUCAUUUCGUUUUGUCAGAAAUCGGUUGCCUGAUUCCCCUCGUGCUUUUGUCCAAAUGUAACAAAGGGUUUCAAAUUGACUGAGAUUAAAUUCUUAGCUACGCACGACAACGAAAUCUGAGUCAGAUGCACCUGGGAAAAUAUUUGAGCAAGGCUUCAUAUAAUUUAAAAGUUUUCAUUAAAUUCAAUGGAAUUUGAAUUAAUCCUCCUCGGACAAUGAAGAUUGAUGAAAAUCAUAAAACACAUUCACAGAGACGUUUUUAACUUUAAUCUGGUGUGAGUAUUUGUUGUGUGUGGGGUACGUGCCACAUGCAAGGAAACACCCCGCGAGUACGCGAGUAGAAGGAUAUCGGGGGGUUCGCGUUAAGGCGAAAUCGUUACUCGACACCGUUGUGUAACGAGAGCCAAGCCGCGGCGAUGAAGAAGACCAAUGUUCCGGGACAUAAAGAACUGUGGUUAGCCGUGUCCCUGAAAACCGAAACCACCGUGACGCCGGCGCCUCUCUCGUUUCUAUCAUCUUCUAACUUUGAAAAUGGAUAAAUACAUAUGUGAAUUUCCAAUAAUCUUGCUUCAAGAUACAAUCUAUACAAUAUCAGAGAUCCUCAAACGAACUUAUAUAGAUAUAAUAGAAAAGUGACGUAUGUUUCAAUAAUUGACUGAUAGUCAGUUGACAUUUCUGCUAUCGUAUUUGUCCUAACGGAUCACACAAUUUCAUCGAAGAUGAACGCUUUCUUAAAUAAUGGAGUAAACGAGAUGAUGAAAUUUGGAUAAGUGGUGACUCGUUUUUAACUAUGAAGGGCCGAAUUGAGAAAAGCAACAGAAGCCGUAUCGUUUAGAAACCAAUGAGCUAAUGAAGGUGGGGCUUGCCGAGGAAAUCUCCACCUACUCUUAAACUGCUCUAUUUCUCUCUCCUCUCUCGGGUGCGUGUCUCCUUAUGUUGAACGAGAAGCACGACGAUCGCCCACAGAUGAAGAGGGAAAGAGACUGCCGUACGCAUACCAAGAGGGAGUUAGGGGGAGGAACGGAGAAGAGAGACAAAUGAAAAGACUGAGGAGGAUCUUCAAGUACGUCUUAACUCGGCCAAGUCAGUUGGCAUCUCGCCGCACAAACUAAUACGAUGACUUCGUUUCACAUUUUCACGAAACGAUUAUUCGGCCAGAUCGAUCGACCAGUUGUGAUUUACGCGCGAAACGGAUAAAAUCGGCGAGCUUCCGACGGAGUCGUCUCCUUUUACUGUGAGUGAUCAUUGUUUACCGCGCGAGGGUGUCCGCGACGGAAGAUCGGGAACAGUAAACGAAGACAGUUUUAAAGAUAACCAGAUUUUGUUUUGCACAGCUCACGGAAACGAAUAUUCAACGGUGAAUCGUUUCGAGAGACCUAGAAGGAAUUUCACCGGGGGUCGAUUCAAAGGAGCGAUAGAAUAUUCUAAAUGCCUUUCCACUUCGCAAAGAUUUUCUUUAUGGCUCGAGCCAUCGGCAAUUAAUGUCACGAGCUGGUAAAAUACACGAGGUUGCGAUCGAUUUAUGGAUCUAUAAAGAAAGGCAUUUAUAAGCGAGCCGUGGAUAAACAGAAAAGCGAAUUUGUUAUUUCAUCGUUUAUCAUGAAUUGAAUUAAAGUAAGCGACGAUCUUAGGAAUGUAGAUUUCGGUUCUUUUUUUUUACUUCCUGAUUUUCAUGCUGCCAGCAUUGAACGCGGAAGGAGUUGAAUUUAACCGAACUACCAUCGCAACCCCAAACAACUUUUACUUACAUCGUCGCCGAUGUGCAAUGAGAAUUCAAUGGAAACGAUUUGUAAUUAAAUCUGUAUGUUAAGAGGAUCAUAAACGACUACGAAAAGUGUUAGAUCUUAUAUUCUGACUAUACGUAUAUCGUUCAGUGAAACGUUUACAGUGGCUGUUAAGUUAUACAUUAUAAUUUGUUGUUGAAAAGAAACAUAGGAUGUUUCUGGUGGCGUUGUAAACACGUUGAGCCACGUUCGGAUGGCACGUGGCACGAGGAGCUUAAUUGCCCCGUCACGCUACACCUCCAGAACGCUUCAAUCAAGAUUUUCAGAAGCAAAUUGCGCGUGAAAAAAACCUGCCAGUGUAUCUUCCGCUCGUAAAUAAAAAAGACGGGUCCGCACUUGAAUAAUCAUUUUCGUCCCGACGAACGGCUCGUUAAUUUCGUUAAACUCGUGAAUCGCUUCGUACCAGAUGUACAGCAGGAGAUGUCGUUUGCCGUUUUAUUGAAGAUAUCCGCAUCUUCGAAUAAUUUUAGAACGAUCGACGAUUGAAAACUGGUCCUCGACUAAAUUGGAACUGCUUACUAAAUCGUUUUUCGACUGAGUGCUUCGAGUUGAAUUUCACGAAGGAAAGAAGGACAAGAAAAUGUUGUGUAGAAACCCAGAGCAAGGGGGGAACAACGGGGUAAUAAUUUCACAAGUGACGAAUCCUCAUGCGCCGCAAGAUUUCACGGUCUCACGGCUGUUGUCGACACCGACACACUCGUUAGAGUGCAACGAGAAUUCGACGACACCGACGAGCAGGAGGCCGAGGAGAAGUAGGACAACGUUCUCGGCGCAGCAGUUGGCCGCGUUGGAAAGAGUGUUCGAAAGAACUCAUUAUCCGGACGCUUUCGUUCGAGAGGAGCUUGCGACGCGAGUGUCUCUAUCGGAAGCCAGAGUCCAGGUAUGGUUUCAGAAUAGACGAGCCAAGUUCCGUCGCAACGAAAGGAGUUCUGUUAUAAAUCGAGGCGUCACUCCGUGCAGGGAAGCAGAAACGGCCUUGCCGCUGCGACCCAUUAGAAUAACGCAACCGCAAGAGAACAACUCGCAGAGUUUACAGAGCUCCCAAGUAGCACAGUACCCGUACGGUGACUAUUGGAGAUCGUCGCAGCACUACACCUCCGUGCAGAGUGCCACCUGCCAUGGUUUUAUAAACGGUAAUUUGGGAAAUGUGAAUCUACCCCCGUAUCACCAAACAGAGAUUCACGGAGGACUCGAAGGAUCCGCGAUGAACGGUUUAAACGCGCUACGCUUCAGAACGCAUCCGUACGGCACCGCGUACUCUACGAUGCACGCGAGCAUGUAACUUCUUUAUUUUCCUCUCCUUAUUAUCCUUAUCUCGUGGUGCUUGACGAUUUUAUAGGACACUGUACGUAUUUAUGAAACACCAAAGGUAAUUUAAUUGUACAACUUUUUACGUAACGAAAUAAAAUAAUGUAAUACGAAGGACCAACCGAUCGGAUGCGAGUUGAAGCAGCGAACGCAUACAGGGUAAUGGAAAUAACUUGAAAUGUUAUUUUGUAGAACUGAAACAA